UGAGUUCAAACAAAAAUUAAAGAUGAGAAUAUGUUACGUUAGGAUGACCCUUUUACCACCUUUAAGAGGCAUUUGCCCCCUUUUCUCCCCCUUUUCUUCAAUGCCACUUUUUUGCCUUCUUUUUGUGAAGCCUUGCCCCCUUUUAGUGGUUUGGAAAGGGUCACCCUGUUACGUAAUAAUGGGUCAAUCAAUGUCUUGAAUAAUAAAAGGAGUAAUGAAAAAUUUUCAUUUCUGAGGAAAGUAAUUAUUUUUGGUUUGUUCAACUUGUUCCGGCAUUUGUUAAAAUUCUGAAUUUUAAUUUUUGCCUAUUAAUUAAUUAAUAUAUUUUUCCUUAGUUAAUUAAAAAAUGUUUUUCCGAAACUUUCAAUUAUUUUUGGUGUUUUUAUUAAUUUCUUCGACUUUUGGAAAAAGCAAAAAAUUUGACAGUUUUUUAGAAAAUUUAGUUUUGGAGGGGGAAAGUUUGCAAAAUGAAAAGAAUAACAACGAGAAUAAUGAAGGAGAAGAGGAGGAUGCUAUUGUUUCCUUACCUGGCCUUAACUUUGAAUUAAAUUUUAAGCAUUAUUCGGGAUUUUUGAAAGUCUCAUCUAAUCAUUUUCUUCAUUAUUGGUUUGUCACUUCUCAAGGAAAUCCACUCAAAGAUCCAUUGAUUUUUUGGUUUAAUGGGGGCCCAGGCUGUUCUUCUUUGGAUGGUUUACUUAGCGAAUUAGGCCCUUAUAUUGUUGAGGAGGAUGGGAAAACUUUAAACAAAAACCCUUAUUCUUGGAAUAAAUAUGCCUCGAUUGUGUUUAUUGAGGCCCCAGCCGGUGUCGGGUAUUCAUAUUCUUCUGACGGAAAUACAACAACAAAUGACGAUUUAACAUCAUUGGAGAAUUACGAGGCUAUUAAACAAUUCUUUGGACGUCACAAUACUUUCCGUAAUCAUUCUGUAUAUAUUACUGGAGAGUCUUAUGGUGGUGUUUAUUUGCCUACUCUUGGGGCGAGAAUUGUGGAUGGACAGGGGGAAUUCCCAAUUAAUCUUAAGGGAAUGGCUAUUGGCAAUGGCUAUAUGAAUUCAAAAAUGAAUAUUGACACUUCUGUCCGGUUUGCCUACGGUCACGGCAUAAUUGACCAAAAAGUUUGGAAUACUUUAGAAACGGAAUGUUGUCGAGGCUGUAUUGAUGGCUGUGAUUUGUCAGGACUUGGCCAAUCUUGUGGGAGGAUGGUGGAAGAUAUUUUUGAAUUUUUGUGGCAUAGCGGCCUUAAUCCUUAUGAUUUAUAUAGAGAUUAUCCAAGCCCUGGACGUAAUUCAAUGAAAAUGGAAGUAAUUAAACGAGGAUUAAUUCCUCCAAAAAUGCUACACCGUAUUUACUCAAAUUCAACUAAAACACUUCGAUGGAAUCUGAAGAGUACUCUUCAUGGAUCUCCUUCAGUUCCUUGUCUUAACGAUACAGCAUUAACUACGUAUAUGAAUUUACCUGAAGUUCGAAAGGCUAUACACAUUCCUGAUAAUUUGGGACAUUGGGAUAUUUGCAGUGAUGAUAUAACAGAGAAAUAUCAGAAGCAAAUUGAUGACACAUCCCCAUUUGUUAAGAAAAUAAUUAAAGCCCAUGCUCGAGUGCUUUUGUAUUAUGGGGAUACUGAUAUGGCUUGUAAUUUUAUGCUUGGACAAGAAUUUUGUUCGAAAUUGGGAUUAAAAUUAGUUGUUGGUAAACAACCGUGGAUGUAUGGACAUCAAAUUGCUGGAUUUAAAACAAUUUAUGCUAAAGGGCUUACUUUUGUUACUGGCAAGGAAUUUUUAUAUUAAAAUUUAGCUCAAACCUCACUAUAAUAUGUACUCUGACGAAAAGAUCGUAUCUUAUAAUGAAAUGUAGCUUAAAUGGGGGG